UCAAAACUCUUCAUCAGGGAACAGUGAGGUUUUUUUUCUUCUGUUCUCCAGAGAAGUGGCUGAAUGAACCUGCUGUAGCCGGGAAGAGAAACCACCACGACCAUUGUGGCAUCUUAAGGGCCAAAACGUGGCAUUAAUCCAAUUCUUCUUCUACCGCAAUAAUUCAGUUUGAAGUGGUUGCAUCAUGAGUCGGUGGAAGCCAUUCAUUGAAUUUCUUCUAAUCACGGCUGGAGUUUUUUCUGGCACUGGUCAUGCGCUGGAUAAAGAGGCUCCAGCUAGGACAACACUACGACCCGCCUCAUUCCUGCAGAAAGCACCACUUCCAGAUCGCUCCCCUCCUUCCAAUUCCCAAGCCACAAUUCAUCCUUCACAAGCUUUGGCUAAUCAGUUAUUAGGCCAUAGCAUAGAACAAGGAAUUCCUUCUGCACCCAAGGCUGAGAUGUUAAAGGCAGAAUCCAUCCCGUUGACAAAAUCACAGGCUGCGUGGAAACCCAUAGCGGCUGCAAGGACAACACUUUUGCCAUCUGAGCCACAAACUGAUUGGACCGAAACCCACAAAACAAGAACGGUGCCUCAAGAAACAACCUCAACACCACCACUACCAGCGAGUCGGAAAAAGGCGACCCCUGUUCUGAGCACGACAAAGGAAGAUGUGAAUACGACUGUCUCCAGGGCUACCGAGCGACACACUACGAAGCUGAGGAAACACACAAGCGUUGAGAAGCCAAGUUCUGCAACACACAAGAGCGUGACUUCUUCGCCUAUGCCAACAAGACAAACCGGAUCACCAUUGGCACCUCAACCAUCACCCGCUGUGAGGGGCACUUACAGUGUUUCCAACGGGACUGCAGAAUGCAUUAAAGCCUUAAUUGGCUUGACGAUGAUUGUUACGAACGUAAAAACGGGCGAUCUGGAAUAUUUUAAUAUUGAUCCCAACGCCACACACACAUCAGGAUACUGUGGAUAUGAUCAAUCGAUGCUCAACAUCUCGUUUGAAGGGGGCUUCAUACAUUUCAUUUUUACUAAGAAAGAAAAGAUCUAUUAUAUCAGCAUGAUUGAAGCUUCUUUGAUCGUUCUCUCACAAGGUUUCAGGUACAACGGAAUUAAAAACGACCAGCUCUUUUCCACAGCUGUGGGAAACUCCUUCAGGUGUUCCAGUAAGCAAACGGUGGGCUUAGCCAGCAACUUUCAACUGCAGGCUGCCAAUUCCCAGCUUCAAGCCUUUGAUAUCGUAAAUAACCAAUUUGGAAAAGAAGAGGAGUGCAUGUCGGAUACAAACAUGAAGUUGAUCCCAGCAGCAAUUGGCUUCAGCCUGUCGGGAUUAUUUAUCAUCAUUCUGUUCUCCUGUGUGCUUUAUAGAAGGAAAGCUCAUGCUGGAUACAGCCGUAUCUGAAUCCCAAAGUUUAUUUAUGAAUGGGUAUAGAAGCAAUAAAUGAUAAGAUCAGGAAGAAGGGGAGAUGCUCCUUGCUUUUCUGUGGCAAUCAGAUGUGCAAAUAGCAGCUGAUUUUUAAAUCUGUGACACUUUUAACACUUGAUCGGAAAUUAAUCAGCUCAAUGAAGGUGCAUACAUGUCUAUUAUCUAUACACAACAGUAGCAAUGUAUUUAUUUGCUUGGGUGCUAUGGUGCUUUUUUUUUUAAUUCACCUGCAUGAAUUCAAUUAAGCUUAGUAGUAAUAAUGCGUAUGUCGCACAUAGAUCUGGAUGUUGGAUAGCCAUUUGUCUGAAAUGGUGUAGGGCUUCCUGCCUGGGCAGGGGGUUGGACUAGAAGACCUCCAAGGUCCCUUCCAAAUCUGAUAUUAUUAUUAUUAUUAUUAUUAUUAUUAUUAUUAUUAUUAUUAUUAUUAUUAUUAUUAUUAUUAUUAUUAUUAUUAUCUUUCUGCAGUAGAUUGUUAGAGGUGCGUAGGCAAAAUCUUCAAUAAACAUUAUGUUCUGAACUUUAAUAACGGUUAAACACGGACGGCAGGACAAGCAGCAAUGGGUAGAAGCAUGUCAGAGGGAAAUUCAAUCUGGAACUAAGGAGGAAUUUCCUGAUAGUAAGAAUUACUAUCAGGAUGCCCUGAGUCCUUCGGGAGAAGGGCGGUAUAAAAAUCGAAAUAAAUAAAUAAAUAAAUAAAUCCGUGGAAUGACUUGCCUCCAGAACUUGUGGAUGCUCCAACACUGGAAGUUUUAAAAUAGAGAUUGGAGAGUCAUUUAUUCGGGAUGGUAUAAGGACUUCUGCCUUAAGGGCAGGGGUUGGACUAGAAGACCUCCAAGGUCUCCUCCAAUUCUAUGGUUCUAUGAUUGAAACCAAUUAUUUUACCUUACUCCUUAGUUAGGGAAUAGGCUGCCUGUCCUUCUCUAUAGGACAUUAUUUCCCAACUGCUGCCAACUUCAAGGUUACAAUAAUGGCUGGAUAUACCCUUUGUACUAAACCAUGACUUCAUCAUGGCUUAUUGAGUACCCAUUAACUGGCUUAGCAAUAAAUGGUUUAUAAAACAUCCAGGCUAUUCUUUUUUUUACAAGUUGUGCUGUGCUAAAACCAAACCAUGUUAUGGCAUAUCAUAUUGUGUUAAUUCAAUCAACUCUGCAUGCUUUUACACAUACAGAUUGCUGCUUCACAAUAUGCUUGGCCAGAAUGGUUAAAUUUGUAACUCACUGCAUUGUACAAAUCCAGGAAAAUGAAAUACUGAAAUAAACCAUGUUUCAGUUAACCAUA